AUGUCGCAGGAGCCUCUGCGCGCUGGCCCAUUGUCCGACGAUGCAACUCAUUCAUCCUCGGACGACCGCAGCGUGAUCGAUAGCGACCUGGGGCCCGGCAACCGCCAGCCCGCUCGUCGGCCGCCGCUGCGCGCGCGUCCACAGUCAUGGCAUCCAUAUGGGCCGGUGGAACCCCCGCUGGAAGUCUCGUCUUCACGGCCCAUCGGGGUCCAUGCCAUUCUCAAUCCCCCAGCACAAGGCGCGACUGAUCCGGUCCGGCGCGCUAGCGUCCGUGAGCAGCUGAGCCGACCAGGGCCGCCGUCUUCACCUAGACCUCGGCAAGGCUCUUCGCCCGCGCUGCGCUCGGUGUAUCCACUUGUACAGCAUCCCUUGUCCCCGAAAUCCCAUCCACGGAGUCUGAUCAAUCCGGGUUCACCCUCGGCGCGGUUUGUUGGCACCAGCGGCCGGACAUCAGGCCAGUCCAGCGUGGCUCAGUCACCAUUGGUUCCCCAGGAACCUACUGUAGGCUCGCGGCAACCACCCCCCGUCAGCUCACCUCUUCCUCUGGACGCGACGCUCCGGCCCAUUGCAUCACAAUCGGCCGCGCAGCCUCUAGCAUCUGUUUCGCUUCACUCGACACCGAGCAUCCACUCGCGCCGAACCAGUGCCGGGCCAGGGCCACUGACGAACCCGAACUCGCAGGAAACGAGCCCGUCCACGCCGCAUUCAACCUUCAGCCACUUUGGCCGCGCUUCGCCAGCCGUCACCAAUGUGACCCUGGCCCCCAGUGCCGCAGCAUAUGCGGUACCAACGCCCUAUAUCACGAUGGAAUCGCUGAGCCGGGGGACCCUCGCCACGGCCGGCCCUCGGAGCAGCGUAACCGAAGACACAGCCGGGACGCCGGGGAUGAUCCCGUGUCUGCUGGACCUGAAGUCUGGAUCCACCAGCCAAGCUGAGAAGCGCAAGGCCAACAGUGACGCAUCGCGGCGCUUCCGCAACCGCAAACGCAACGAGAUGCAGCUCGAGCAGCGGCUCACCGCGCAGCAGGACGAGAUCCAGCGCCACGCCGAGACGGUCCGCCGUCAGAGCGAGGAGAUCCGCUCGCUCCUUCUGCAGCGGGACCAUUACCGCUCCGAGCGAGACUUCUUCCGCGAUGCCCUCGACCGCUCCGGUUCUGCGAUCUAUACCUCGCCGAGACCGCCUUCGCCGCGCCUCACCCAGCCCUCCCUGGUACCAGUGAUGGACACGCCCGCUGCGGCGCCGGCAUGGUCCGGCGUGGAGGGGCGGUCGGCUUCGGGGACUGGACAGUCUCAGACGCCUGCGGCGGGUUCCAGCCAGGCUGUUACGACCCGGUUGCUGGACUCAGCGAGACCGCAGGCAAGCUGGCCUGGUAGCCCGGCCGCCUACUCGCCUGAAAUUUCGAUAGGACGGAGUGGGCCACCGCCAGUAUCUGGAGUAUCUCUGCCGCCAUUCCAAGGGUCAUGGUCCCGAACAUGA